GUUCAGGCGACCAGUUGAUCAAUUACAGGAUAGAAGUAUUGAAUUUAUACAUAUAAAAUGCAUCGAGACGUAACAAGUAUAUAAAGCUAACGCCAGAAGGUACGAAUAGGUCAGCUUCGUAAGUGAAAAUUUCAAGCAUCUCAGUAUUAUAUCUACGCUGCAUCGUUUCUAUCCCAUACGAUAAAUAUCCUUCUAUUCCUGGGGGAAUGCGUUCCCAUCUCUCAGCCUCAAUGUGGGCAAUUGUCCUCGUCACCUACGCCAACAUCGUGAGUCACCUCACUUCUCUGCGGUGCAACGAAGAAUUAAAAUCAAAUAGAUUGUUGAAGCCCGCCCAGUCCCAGAGCCGUGCAGAGGUGUCUGGUGCUUCAACUGGGGAAGCUAUUACGGAGGAAAGGGUUCGAAUGCUGAAAAUUUAUGAAACAGCAAGGAAUGUUCAACGGUCUGAACAAAGGAUGAGGAUCAGCUGAAAUUUAAAAAGUAGAGUAGUUUUAAUGGCCGUCCUCACCUAGAAUCAUCCACUCUUUUAAU